CGCCCCACUGUCCCGCCGCCCGCCGCUCGGCCAUCCGCCUGCACGGACAAGGGAGCCCGCCAGUCCCGUCCGCCUCCGUCCGUCCCGCCAUGGCUGCGCGCCUGCUCCUCCGCUCCCUUCGUGUCCUGAGCGCCCGCUCGGCGACACUCCCGCCGCCCUCCGCCCGAUGUUCUCAUUCUGGAGCAGAAGCACGUCUAGAAACUCCUUCUGCUAAAAAAUUAACUGAUAUUGGAAUCAGAAGAAUCUUUUCCUCAGAGCAUGACAUUUUCCGGGAGAGUGUAAGGAAGUUUUUUCAAGAAGAAGUGAUUCCUUACCACGCAGAAUGGGAGAAAGCUGGAGAAGUGAGUAGAGAGCUCUGGGAAAAAGCUGGCAAGCAAGGCCUGCUUGGCAUCAACAUUGCAGAGAAACAUGGCGGCAUUGGUGGGGACUUGAUGUCAACAGCGGUUACUUGGGAAGAGCAAGCAUACUCAAAUUGCACAGGCCCUGGUUUCAGCCUCCAUUCAGAUAUUGUCAUGCCCUAUAUUGCAAAUUACGGCACAAAAGAACAGAUCGAGCAGUUUAUCCCCCAGAUGACGGCGGGCAAGUGUAUUGGUGCCAUAGCCAUGACAGAGCCUGGGGCUGGAAGUGACUUACAAGGAGUAAGAACAAAUGCCAAGAGGUCUGGGAGUGAUUGGAUUCUCAACGGAAGCAAGGUGUUCAUCACUAAUGGCUGGUUAAGUGAUCUCGUGAUCGUAGUGGCCGUCACCAAUCGUGAAGCUCGAUCGCCCGCUCAUGGCAUUAGCCUCUUUUUGGUGGAGAAUGGAAUGAAAGGAUUUAUUAAGGGCAAGAAGCUACAUAAGAUGGGAUUGAAAGCCCAGGACACAGCAGAACUAUUCUUUGAAGAUGUCCGAUUGCCAGCUAGUGCCCUACUUGGGGAAGAGAAUAAAGGCUUCUACUACCUCAUGCAAGAGCUCCCACAGGAAAGGCUUUUAAUUGCUGAUUUGGCAAUUUCUGCCUGUGAGUUCAUGUUUGAAGAAACCAGGAACUAUGUGAGACAAAGAAAAGCUUUUGGAAAAACAGUCGCACACAUCCAGACGGUGCAGCACAAACUAGCAGAAUUGAAGACGAACAUAUGUGUCACCAGAGCUUUUGUGGACAGCUGCCUACAGCUGCAUGAAACCAAACGUCUGGACUCCGCCUCCGCUUCCAUGGCGAAAUAUUGGGCAUCUGAAUUACAAAACACUGUAGCUUAUCAAUGUGUUCAACUCCAUGGAGGCUGGGGCUACAUGUGGGAGUACCCGAUUGCAAAAGCCUACGUGGAUGCUCGAGUUCAGCCGAUCUACGGUGGUACCAACGAAAUCAUGAAAGAGCUGAUCGCAAGACAGAUCGUCAGUGACAGCUAGACAUCUGCCUAUGUCCUGAAAUCCUACUACAUACAGCUAAUCCGGAUUCAAAUAUACUUGAGAUAAAGUGGAACCUGGAAGCGGGGGGGAUAGUAAAGCUGGUUUUAUGUAUGAUUGUUACAGAGAAAGAAAUAAAAGAAUUAUAAAGAUUGACACAGGGAAA